AUGUCCGCCAUCGAUGUCCUUGCGGCUGCCGGGUUCGUGAAUUACUUUGGAAAGGUGGAUAUCGGAAGUUCUGGCAUCGGUCACAUGUCAAUUCAUCCUAUCCUUGUCAAAAAGGGUGCAACUUCUGUUGCACUAUAUGGCUUGGGGAACGUUAGGGAUGCAAGAUUGAGCAGAAUGUUUCAGACACCAGGUGCAAUAGAUUGGAUGAAACAUGAGAGUACAGAGGAUAUGCCACUGUCCGACUGGUUCAACAUUCUGGUUCUUCAUCAAAACAGGAUAAAGGGAAGUCUCGACAACGGCAUCAAUGAACAUCUGUUACCGAACUUUCUGGAUUUAGUAAUAUGGGGCCAUGAGCAUGAAUGCCUUGCUGAUCCCAAGGAGGUUCCUGGAAUGGGUUUCCACAUCACGCAGCCAGGAUCUUCAAUUGCCACAUCUCUGACCAGCGCUGAAGCAAAAGAAAAGCAUGUGCUUUUGUUGGAAAUAAACGGAAUGAAAUACAGGCCAACUAAUAUACCUCUGAAGACUGUUAGACCUUUCGAAUAUGCCGAGGUGGCCAAUCUUAUUGAGAAGAAUGACACGGCAGCAGGCAGUGGAUCAGAGCCCAAACUUCCACUUGUUAGGUUAAAGGUCGACUACUCUGGGUUCUUAACAAUACACCCACAGCGGUUUGGUCAGAAGUAUGUUGGGAAGGUUGCCAACCCACAAGACAUGAUUGUUUUCUCAAGGUCAGCAAAAAGGCGCCAAAAUCCGCAAGACAACACUGGCGGUUUCGGAGAACUCUACCCAAAUGAGCUUAAUCAACACACGGUCGAAGCUCUGGUGGCAGAAAUUAACUUGAAUAUGCAGGUUCUUCCACUAGAUGAUCUGGACACCGCCCUUCAUGUUUUCGUCAACAAGGAAGACAAUAUGGCAUUUCACUCUUGCCUGCAGAAGAACACCGAAGAGGCAAUAAACAAGUUGACCAGCACCAAGGUGGAUACUGACAUCGAAGAUGAAGAUGCAAUGUUAGUACACGGUUUGGGUCAGUUCAUGCAGGCACGAGAGAAGGGAAGAACCCAGACGGCAGCAAGCGUCCAGAGCCUCGCAACCAGCACAUUGGAGGAGCUGAAAUGCUCCUCGGAUCCGGAUCCGGACCAAGAUAUCGGCGACGACUCGAAUGAGCUCAUUGAAACAUCGCUGAUGGACUGCUUCUGUUCCUCCGUGCGCAAGGAUGGAGAGUGCCAUCAUGAGAAGAUGGCAAGGCCGGGGAAGCGGCCGGCCCCUUCUGCUACGGCCGGGGGCUCUGCGUCUUCACCUUCUUCCUCGACCCGGGGGAGGAAGACGGACCUGGCUUCGUUCUGCGCGCCUGCGGUGAAGGAGGAAUUGGACGACCGCGGGACCAAGAAAGUACGACCAUCGCCUCAUGUUGCUGGGAGGUAUGGCGCGGUACGGAGGAACCGGUGA